AUGUAAGAGUGGCCUAAGAAAUUGUUUUUAGCAAUAGCAUUCAUUUCAUGUUUUACUUGCUAUGCUCGACCAGAUUAUAAUUUACCUCUUUUUGCAUUCGCAUAUCUCCUAUGGGACAUCGAUAGACCAGUUUCGCAAAAGAUUAGAUUGAUAUACUUAUUCGUAUACUCUUGGAUUAUUGAUUUUGUGUGGUUGGUUUAUUGGGGUCCAUUUUGGAAUUCGUCAGCAUUUUCGCAUAAUUGGGCGGAUGGAAUUCAAACAUUUGUGUUGGUAUUGUCAGUUAUCAACUUCAUCAUUAAGCUAGGUACGAUAGUGGUGUGCAUAUUGGCAGAGAAGGAGUGUAAGGAUGCGUUGCACCCAGAGAAUGCGAUGGCUCAUGCAAAGAAUAUUUUUAAUAGUGAGGGUUAGCAUUAAUGA